AUGUCAGCUCAAGCUGUCACAAAGAGAGGUAUUCUGUCAACAAUUAACAGUUUGUUCGAUCCGCUAGGAUUUCUAGCCCCCGUAGUGCUUGAAGGAAGAUUGAUCCUUCGAGAAUUAGUAUCUACUAAGGUAGAUUGGGAUGAAACUAUUCCCCAGGACAUUGCUAGGAAAUGGGAAAACUGGAUUAGUAAAGUAGCUAAGGUUACGUCUCUUGACAUUCGUAGGAGUUACUUUGAGGGCUCAAUAAGUGAGAUGUCUGGACUUGAGUUGCAUGUGUUUGCAGAUGCUUCAGUUAGUGCAAUUUCGGCAGUGGUGUAUGUACUAGGGAAUGCCUCAAACGGGGAUAGACAAAUAGGUUUCGUGUUGGGCAAAAGUAAAUUGGCCCCAGAGCAUGGUCACAGUGUCCCUAGGUUAGAGCUGUGUGCAGCAGUGUUAGCCUGUCAAUUGUACCAAUGUGUGUCGGAGCAGCUUGCCGUCAGUUUAACCAAGGUAGUGUUUUACACAGAUAGUAGGGUGGUGCUCGGCUACAUAUGUAACAAAACAAGACGAUUCUAUCAGUAUGUCAGUAAUCGUGUUCUAAAGAUUGUGCAUGUUAGCAGUCCAAAUCAAUGGAACCAUGUUCCCACCGAGUUAAACCCAGCAGACAUAGGGAGUAGAGGAGCCAGUGUUGAACAGCUAAAGCAGAGUUCAUGGUUAGUAGGACCAAAUUUCCUUCUAGAGGAAUGUCUGUCAAAUCCUGAGCAUUAUCCUCUUAUGGAACCAGAUUGCGAUAAGGAAAUUCGUCCUGAAGUGGUAGUCAGGUCAACCAAAGUUGUUGUAGGGCAGUCGCUUGCUAGAAAAGUUAGUAAGUUCUCUACCUUUGAUACGUUAGUUAGAGCCCUGUCGACUCUCAGACACAUAGCAGUUUCUUACCACAAGAACCUGCCUUGUAAAGGUUGGCACCUUUGUCCUGCAGCUAAGGAUGUGCAGUUAAGGAAUGAGGUCAAACUGUCAUUGUACCGUGAUGUCCAACUUGAAUUUUACAGUAAAGAGGUUGAAUGUCUCUCAGUUGGUAAGGCCCUACCUAGAGAUAGUACCAUUUUGUCUCUAGAUCCAAAGCUUGGUUCUGAUGGAUUAUUGCAUGUAGGUGGUCGUCUGAGUAGAAGCAAGUUACCUUUGCUAGAGAAAAACCCAAUAGUCCUACCUGGUAAACAUGCCCUGUCUAGACUUUUGGUAGAACAUCACCAUAAUUUGGUUCAUCACCAAGGUAGAACAUUUAAUGAAGGUGCAGUCAGAUCUGCAGGACUUUGGAUCACUGGGGGUAAACGUCUCGUGUCAUCAGUCAUUCAGAAAUGUGUAGUAUGUAGACGACUAAGAGGACGUUUUGAAUGUCAGAAAAUGUCUGACUUACCUGAGGAUAGGGUAGAGGAAGCAUCACCCUUUAGCUAUGUAGGUGUUGAUGUUUUUGGCCCUUGGGAGGUGGUAGCUAGGCGGACCAGGGGUGGACAUGCAGCUUCCAAGAGAUGGGCUGUUCUGUUCACGUGUUUGGUUUUAAGGGCUGUCCAUAUUGAGGUUUUAGAGGAUUUAUCUUCUUCAGCCUUUACAAAUGCUCUCCGUAGGUUUGUUUCGGUCCGAGGCAAGGUCAAAAUGUAUCGCUCGGAUCGUGGCACUAACUUUGUUGGGGCCAUUGAUAACAUUCAAGUUACAGCCAUUAAUGUAGAGGAUGAAAGUGUAAAGGGAUAUCUUAAGAAGUCUGGUUCAGUCUGGGUAUUCAACAGCCCUCAUAGUUCACAUAUGGGAGGGGUCUGGGAACGGAUGAUAGGUGUUGCACGUCGGAUCUUAGAAGCAAUGUUACUUGGAGUGAAGAGCUUGUCUCAUGAUGUACUUGUGACCUUGAUGGCUGAAGUGUCAGCUAUCAUCAAUUCGCGCCCUAUAGUGCCAGUCUCAAAUGACCCUGAGGUCCCUGAUGUGUUAAGCCCUUCCGCUCUUCUCACUCAAAAGUUGGAGUGUGAUCAAGUGUCCCUUGGUAACAUGGAUGUUAAAGAUUUGUACAGAAGUCAAUGGCAGCAAGUGCAGUAUCUUGCUAAUCAGUUUUGGGUCCGUUGGAGAAAAGAAUAUCUCCAGUCCUUGCAAGGUCGUAGGAUAUGGCAUGAAGAUCAUGACCCUCUUAGGGUGGGCGAUGUCGUACUUCUACGAGAUGCAGAAGUUGCUCGAAACUUUUGGCCUAUGGCCAGAGUGACGAGAACAUUUCCAAGUCAAGAUGGUUGUGUCCGCAAAGUGGAGGUCUGUGUUGCUAAAGACAAACAGAAGGUCUUUUAUACUAGACCAGUUGUUGAGUUGGUGCUGCUUGUUAGUGCAGGCUCCAGUUAA